AUGAUCUGGUCAUGGAGCCGAAUGAUAGUUAAGGUGCAUUUAUGUGGUGAGCCGUCAGCGAUUAAUAUUGUCCGUGAACUGCUGAAUCCAAUCGGUGAGCACGUUGAAGUAAAUGAAUACAAACGUAAAACUUCACUAUCAGUGGCAUCGCACGCUUUGGGCAGUUUGGAUAAUGUCCAGGAUGGCGAUUGUAUAGUGUGUUUUUCACGUCGUGCCAUCUUCAAUGUGACAAAGCAACUGGAAAAAAUCGGUAUUAAGCCAGCAGUGAUCUACGGUGAUCUACCGCCUGGCACAAAGUUAUCGCAAGCAUCGAAAUUCAACGAUCCGAACAAUUCAACGAAUGUACUCGUCGCUACGGAUGCCGUUGGAAUGGGCUUGAAUCUCAACAUACGGAGAAUGAUAUUCAAUUCGGUCAUAAAACCACCGAAUGGUGAGCUGAUUCCGAACUAUGCAGCGUUGCAAAUUGCUGGUCGAGCUGGACGUUAUGGGUCAGUCUAUGAGGAGGGC